UUGAUAUGGGAGAUGAUGAGAAAUCGAUUGCUGGUGGAGAUGAGAGGUGGUCUCUUAAGAACAUGACGGCGCUUGUUACAGGAGGAACACGUGGCAUAGGGCAUGCCGUAGUGGAAGAGCUGGCGAAAUUUGGGGCAAGGGUUUACUUUUGUUCACGUAAUCAAAGAGACAUUGAUGAAUGCUUGGAGGAAUGGGGAAGAAAAGGUCUUAGAGUUUAUGGAUCUGUUUGUGACGUUCUUCAACAUUCUCAUCGGGAGAAUUUGAUGGCAACCGUCUCCUCAACCUUCUCCGGCAAGCUUAAUAUCCUUGUAAACAAUGCAGGAGUUUUUAUGGCUAAAGCUGUGACAGACGUGAGUGGUGAAGAGUAUGCAAACUUGAUGGGCACUAACUUUGAAGGGCCAUACCAUUUAUGUCAACUUGCCUAUCCUCUAUUGAAAGCUUCUGGAAAUGGAAACAUUAUUUUCAACUCCUCCAUUUCAGGGGGCAUUGCCAUGCCAGGAGCAUCCCUUUAUGGAGUAUCCAAAGGUGCAUUAAAUCAAGUAACAAGAAACUUAGCAUGUGAAUGGGCCAAUGACAAAAUUCGUGUUAAUUCAGUGGCCCCUGGAUUUAUUGAUACCGGAGUUAUUGAAAGAUAUGAUCCCGGUCUUAAGGAGGUAGUAGAACAAUUAGUCUCUCGAGCACCGAUUAAACGUGCUGGAGAGCCGCGAGAGGUCGCAUCUUUGGUCGCAUUUCUUUGCCUUCCAGCUGCUUCAUAUAUCACCGGACAAAUUAUCUAUGUAGAUGGCGGUUACACUAUCAAUGCAUUUCCUAAGUAUUGA